AUUUUUUUUCACCAUUACAAUAAUCACCUUGUUGUAUCUAACAGUACUACUAUGAAGAACAUUAUAAUGAGGCAAAUGGUAGAUUAUGAACUUUGAAGUACGAAAACUUUUGUUGUAAUAAGUCUUAAAUAUGAAACUUCUCUUGCAAUGAGUCUGGUACUUUUUAUUCUUCAAGAGGGUUAAUACUUGAUAGUCAGAGCAGAGCAAAACGACGGACAUGUACCAAAACAGGAACCAAUAGGAUAUUAGACGGGAAGGCAAUGAGGAAUAUAAUUGCCCUAUUAAACAAGGAAACUUCCACAAAUUGCUUCCAUCGGAAUGUUUAAAUCAGGGACUGUAAAAAGGAGAGUUGCAAGGAAAGCAUCAUUUCUAACCCAAUUAGUGCUUCCUAACAUAUAUAUCACCUAAACUCUUUAUCCAUAGGAGCAUAACAACCAAACUCAAAAUCAAUUUCAACAAAUGUCUCUGUUUUUGUCUUCAACAGCGAGCAUUUUAAGCUCUCUGUAUUUGAAAGUGUCGGAGUUAUUGGGCAAUGCCAAGAACUAUAUUGUGAACAAGGCCAGGGGUUAUGUUUUGGCGAGGUUGGUUGAGAUGCAGAGGAGGUCUGCGCUUAUUGUAGACCUUCAACUUGAGGAUAUAAGCUUCGACUCCAUAGAUCUCCUUUUCAAGAUCUCUGUGUACAACUCAUUUCAGUUUUCUCUGCCUGUCAGUCAAGCCUCCUUCAAAAUGAAAAUCGGUGGCAGUGAACCUUUAUUAGGGAAAUUGAAGGAGCCUGUGUACAUAAAGGCAGGAGCAGAUUCUAUAUUGCUUUUGUCAGCGAAGGUGCCAUUUAGUACGCUUAUAAAUUUGGCAAAUGACAUUUCUGUAGAUGCAGACAUUGACUACCGCAUCGAUUUCCAACUCACAAUUCACCUUCCUAUCAUCGGCAACAUCUCUUUACCACUUCCUUGCCAACAAGGCGAGACCAAGAUCUCCGAUUUGUUUAGCAAUUUGAUGGAUCAAAUCAUGAUGAGUUGGUGAUGCCUUGGAGCAGAAACAAUAAAAUACUACAAUAAGAUGCGAAUGAAGCUAGGUGCUUAAUCGGAUGAACUGAUAAAGCUGUAUUUUGACGUAUAUUUAUGGUUCGUGGACAUAGCUCCUGAACUCUGGGAUGUCCAAUUCAUCUUUAUGUGAAAAUUCAAACUCUUACUGAUGUUUUCCUAAUGAGUAUAUAAUGAAAUUCUGAUCACUUAUAAAUUUAAGAGUGAGAAUACUUAUAAAUUUAAGAGUGAGAACUCGACCUCAAAAGUAUUACUUUCCACGUACAAUUGGAUUAGUGGUGCAUAUCUAGUUCUCUUUUGGAUUCACCGUUGAUGAGUCGUUUCACUUUUCCUUUUCAGUAAAAGGAAAUG